AUGACUGAGCCAGAGACGCUCUCGACGGCCAAGCGCAUCUUUACUUACACGACGGGGGACGGAGAACCAGACUUUACCGUCUACUCUUCUGUCGAUGCAGAUGUCGAGUUUCGCGUUCAGCGGAUUGCGUUGAUCGCAGGCAGCGAAGUCUUUGCAGACAUGUUUAACAUUUCCGAGAGCAGUUGGGUGGAUGUCGAUGGCAAGACGUUGGACAAUAUUUCGACGGAAAACAACUCGAUGACCAUGAGUGAGGAUACGCCCGUGCUCGAAAACCUCUUUCGGGUCAUCCACGAGCCCCCCGUCAAGCUUCCGACGGCAAAGGACAUGAAACGAUGGCACAAGCUACCCGAUUACGACGAACGCAAGGCAGAAGGUCCACCGAUUGCAAAGGGGGAUGCAGUCCCGUUUCCAUUGCUCAAACGACUCUUUGUUCUCGCCGACAAGUACAUCUUUACCCCGGCGAUUGUCGAGACGCUCCAUACGCAUCUGGCAUCUCAUGCUACAGACAGUCCAUUGCAAGUCUACGCAAUGGCGACUGCGAUGGGCAUCGACGAUGUUGCCAUUUACGCGUCGACACAACUUCACUCCCCGCCACUGGAAACAUACACGCCAGAUCAAAUGGCCAUCCUUCCGACGAUUCAAUCCUUACAGCUGCUCUACAUCCUCCAUGCCGUUCGCAAACAGCGUCUACGGGAGAUUCUAGCAGAGGAACAGCUGUUCCCGAGUGGAUACGGAAAGUGCACCGUCAAGGGCCACGUAGAGAUGGCAGAAGAGGCGUGGAGGAAACAAAAGAGAAUCUUACUGAGCAUGGGUCGUAUCCAGGCAGGUGCAAACCUCCGAGUCGAGAUGAUGCCCGUUCUCGUCACGGUGAGCGGUUGCAACACGUGCUUAAAGGCGUACGAAACGGCCAUAGACAUGAUACAGUACAAGAGUGUCAAGAUUCCGCAGUCUAUUGCCAAUUUGGAACAUUUUGUGCCGUCAAAGCAGACGACGGCUGCGAUGAAGCGACUUGUAAUCUAG